CUUAAUUUACGUCUUAUGCAUUAAAAAAGACUUCAUUGGAUUUAUAGAAGGAAACAAUACUUAGAAACAUCUCAAAUUUUAGCAUUUAAAUUGGCAGUGACAGUACCACCAGCUGUCAAAAACUACUGGCCAGUGCUUGGUAAGGCUGACAGAGAGAAGUUCAAGUUGGAUUAAUUUCAAACGUUGUCAAAAGCUAAAAUCUACCUUCACUAGUUGCAGCUCUUCAUCUUUACUCGGGUUGUUGGACCACUGCCAAAUAAGUUGUCUCAUCCGUAUAAAGAUUGGAUUUGUUGAACUCUCAAGUUGCUUUUUUUUUUUUUUUCAUAUUUUAUUCCCCAGAGUUGCUAUUUUUCUAUAUCUACUUUGAAGAGUGGAAGUUAAGAGCAAAAACAAAGUGAGAAUUUGGCAAUUGAUGGAGGAUUUGAGAACAUAUCCAGUUGUUGUGAAUUGUUUGCUUGUUCUAGCUUUAGCUAUUGUUGCGUCUGGGGAGCAAAUUUCAGAUGAGUCAACUUUGAGCAACAAUGGAACAACUCAUAGCACUGAGUCAAAUUACUUGUUUGACCUAUUCAAUCUUCUUAGGUUAAAGAGUGAAAUAAUGCAUUACCACCAUGUUUGGCCUGAACUGGAAUUUGGGUGGAGAGUGAUUGUUGGUUCAGUAAUUGGAUUCUUUGGUGCUGCUUUUGGGAGUGUAGGAGGUGUUGGGGGAGGCGGUAUCUUUGUUCCCAUGCUUACUUUGAUCAUUGGAUUUGAUCCAAAAACAUCAACUGCAAUAUCAAAAUGUAUGAUCACUGGUGCAGCGGGUGCAACUGUCUACUACAGUCUUAAGCUGAGGCAUCCAUCACUUGACCUGCCCAUCAUCGAUUAUGAUCUAGCUCAUCUUUUCCAACCAAUGUUGUUGUUAGGGAUCAGUAUUGGAGUUGUACUAAAUGUACUUUUUGCUGAGUGGAUGGUUACAGUCUUAUUGAUGAUUCUUUUCUUAGGUGCAUCAACCAAGGCAUUCUUCAAGGGCAUUGAGACAUGGAAGAAAGAAACUAUUAUUAAAAAGGAAGCAGCUAGGCGCUCAACAUCUAAUGAUACUGGUGGUGAAGAAGUUGCAUACAAGCUUAUACCUGGAGGUCCAAAAAACGAUUGUACUUUUACAAAUGAAGUUUAUAAAGCAAAGGAGGUCUCUAUUUUUGAUAAUAUGUACUGGAAGGAUGUCUCCAGACUUAUUGCUGUCUGGAUCAUAAUCCUAUUUCUUCAUGUCUCCAAGAAUUAUGCACCAACUUGUUCAACAACAUAUUGGAUCUUAAGCCUCUUGCAGCUCCCAAUCACUGUUGGAGCUUCUGCGUAUGAAGCAAUUUGCUUGUACAGGGGAUCGAGAGCGACUCUUUCAACUGGGGAAGCAGUAAUAACGUGGAAAGUGCAUCAGUUGAUUCUGUACUGUUGCUGCGGCAUUUUGGCUGGGAUAGUUGGUGGCCUGCUAGGUCUUGGUGGAGGAUUCAUUUUGGGUCCAUUGUUUCUUGAGCUAGGGAUUCCUCCUCAGGUGUCAAGUGCUACUGCUGCCUUUGUGAUGAUAUUUUCCUCCUCCAUGUCCGUCAUACAAUAUUACUUGCUAGGGCGUUUUCCAGUACGAUAUGCACUGUAUUUUAUUGCUGUGGCCAGUAUUGCAGCUUUAGUGGGACAGCAUGUUGUACGAAGAAUAAUUAGCAUAGUUGGUAGAGCAUCUGUGAUUAUCUUCGUUUUGGCUCUCACAAUCUUUGUGAGCGCAAUAUCAUUAGGUGGAUUUGGCAUAGCAGAUACAAUUAAAAAGAUCGAGGGAGGACAACAUAUGGGGUUUGAUAAUAUCUGUGCAUAUAAUCCUUAGCAAAAAUUUAAAUUCCACGUAGAUAUUGAUACGAUAUGGAAAUGGCCUGAAAUUGAGUUGCUUAUUGAGGUUGUACCCUGAGCUUUGGAUGGGCGACAUAGCUAUUAAAUUAGUAAACAUUGCAAGGUUUUAUGUCUUGCAUUUGGGUCCCUUUAGUUAAUUGCUUUAUUAUUUAAAUACCAUUGUAAGUUCUCUUAUUACAGUUUAGUCCCUAUCUUGUAAUUCACUAUAUGUACUGAGUUUUGCCCAUUCAGAGGCUCAUGAAUGAAAUUACCCUUAUUUUUCUUA